UCGGACGUCCGUCAAAUUCACAAGUCACCCAGCCUUUUGUUAUCACGUUGGAGUAGAUUGGCGUUGUUUCUUUCCUUUCCCAGUGAAAGAUGGAGUUGUCGGAUAUCUCCUUCCCCAUUUCCGCCGCAGAUGACUUUUACGACGACCCUUGCUUCAACACCACCGACAUGCACUUUUUCGAAGACCUGGACCCGCGCCUGGUGCACGUGAGUCUGCUGAAGCCCGACGACUCGCAUCACAACGAGGACGAGCACGUUCGGGCCCCCAGCGGGCACCACCAGGCCGGCAGGUGCCUCCUGUGGGCCUGCAAGGCCUGCAAGAGGAAAACCACCAACGCCGACCGCCGCAAGGCCGCCACCAUGCGCGAGAGGAGGCGGCUGAGCAAGGUCAACGACGCCUUCGAGACCCUGAAGAGGUGCACGUCUGCCAACCCCAACCAGCGGCUGCCCAAGGUGGAGAUCCUCCGGAACGCCAUCAGCUACAUCGAGUCGCUGCAGGCUCUGCUCAGGGGGCAGGAGGAGAACUACUACCCGGUGUUGGAGCACUACAGCGGGGACUCGGACGCGUCCAGCCCGCAGUCCAACUGCUCCGACGGAAUGAUGGAUUUCAACGGCCCAACUUGCCCGUCUGACAGAAGAACCAGUUAUGACAACAGCUCCUACUUCGCCGAGACGCCAAACGUGGGCGUCAAGAAUGACAAGAGCGCCGCGGUGUCCAGCCUGGACUGUCUAUCGAGUAUCGUUGAGCGGAUUUCCACCGAGGCCCCGGCGUCCGCCAUGCUGCCGCCGGCCCCGGCGGCGGCGGCGGCGGAGGAGGGCGCCCCCCGCUCCCCGCAGGAGGCCUCGGUCCUGGCCGAGAGCGGGGCGUCCGUGCCCUCCCCCACCGUGGGCUGCUGCCCCCAGGCCGCGCACGACCCCAGCCUCAUCUACCAGGUGCUAUGAGCGGAGGAGGAGGAGGACGAGUCGCUUCCCGUGAGAACAAAAAAAGACAGAACCCACCCAGCGCGAGGACUCGCCGACCGCACCGCGCAGGCGUCACCGGGCGGCCUGGAGGGGCGCGCGGCCCCGCGUCGGCGCGACAUUCCUCCAGAGGUGUCCCACGAAAUGCCCAUUUGGUUUUCUUUCUUUUACUAUUUUAUUUUAUUUUAUUUUUGGACCCGCACGUGGGGUCAGUACUAUAACGCCAAUCCGACCGCCUCUUCGUGGUUCUGACCCGCCUGUGUCUGUGGUUACACGAUCAUUAUUAUUCACUGUCGUUUUCACUGAAACGGAGGACCAUUAUUAUUGUUUUGUACAUGUGUAAAUAAGAGCUGAUUUGUUACAACGAAGUAAUGCUAAUAAUGUAUUUAAUGUUUCCGUGUCCAUACGUGAUUUGUUUGUUUGUUGUGAGAAAUGCUAAACUUUAUAUUUAUAUACGCAUUGAAAUGAGUGACAGUCGUCGUGAUAACAAAUAAAUGAACGUGCUUAUU